AUGGAGGAGAUGGCUGUGAGGAAGUGGAAGAUGCCUCGAGACACUCAGGCAGACAAGCUGAGAAUAGAGACCAGGGAGGACAAAUCCCCACGGCAGAACCUCAUGGAAGAGGCAGAUUUGAGCGGCUCCAUGGCACAGGAAUCUAACAAGGAGGAAAAUUCCCUGAGAUCCCGCAGGAGGAGGGGCUUCAAUCCCAGCCCAGGGUGCUCUGAGGAGGAAAGACCCACCCUGUGCCAGGAAGGUGGACAGAGCUUCAGCCAGGGAUCGGAGCUGGUGGUCCAUGAGCAGCUUCCUGAUGGGGAGAAGCCCUACAAGUGCUUGGAGUGUGGGAAGAGCUUUAGGCAGAGCAGCACCCUGAUCCGCCACCAGAUGAUCCACACUGGGAAAUGGGUCUGUGAGUGUGGGGAGUGUGGGAAGGGCUUCAGCUGCAGCUCAGAACUUGUCAGGCAUCAACGCAUCCACACUGGGGAGAGGCCCUACGAGUGUCCUGACUGUGGGAAGAGGUUUCACACCAGCUCCAACCUCCUCCAGCACCAGCGGAUUCACACAGAUGAGAGGCCCUUCCGCUGCUCUGACUGCGGGAAGGGCUUCAACCGCAACUCCCACCUUGUCACCCACCAGCGUAUCCAUACCAGGGAGAGGCCCUACGAGUGUCCCCAGUGUGGGAAGAGCUUCAGACAGAGCUCUCAUUUGAACAAGCUGAGAAUAGAGACCAGGGAGGACAAAUCCCCAUGGCAGAACCUCAUGGAAGAGGCAGAUUUGAGCGGCUCCAUGGCACAGGAAUCUAACAAGGAGGAAAAUUCCCUGAGAUCCCGCAGGAGGAGGGGCUUCAAACCCAGCCCAGGGUGCUCUGAGGAGGAAAGACCCACCCUGUGCCAGGAAGGUGGACAGAGCUUCAGCCAGGGCUUGGAGCUGGUGGUCCAUGAGCAGCUUCCUGAUGGGGAGAAGCCCUACAAGUGCUUGGAGUGUGGGAAGAGCUUCAGGCAGAGCAACACCCUGAUCAGCCACCAGAUGAUCCACACUGGGGAAUGGCCCUACGAGUGUGGGGAAUGUGGGAAGGGCUUCAGCUGCAGCUCAAAACUUGUCAGGCAUCAACGCAUCCACACUGGGGAGAGGCCCUACGAGUGUCCUGAGUGCCAGAAGAGGUUUCACACCAGCUCCAAUCUCCUCUGCCACCAGCGGAUUCACACAGAUGAGAGGCCCUUCCACUGUUCUGACUGUGGGAAGAGCUUCAAGUACAACUCCUACCUCAUGAAGCACCAGCGCAUCCACACUGGGGAGAAGCCCUACCAGUGUCCCCAGUGUGGGAAGAAGUUUCACAUGAGCUCCAAUCUCCUCCAGCACCAGCGGAUUCACACGGAUGAGAGGCCCUUCCGCUGCUCUGACUGCGGGAAGGGCUUCAACCGCAACUCCCACCUUGUCACCCACCGGCGUAUCCACACUGGGGAGAGGCCCUACGAGUGUCCCCAGUGUGGACAGAGCUUCAGCCAGGGAUCAGAGCUGGUGAUCCAUGAGCAGCUUCAUGAUGGGGAGAAGCCCUACAAGUGCUUGGAGUGUGGGAAGAGCUUCAGGUGGAGCAGCCACCUGAUCAGCCACCAGAUGAUCCACACAGGGGAAAGGGCCUACGAGUGUGGGGAGUGUGGGAAGGGCUUCAGCUACAGAUCCACCCUUGUGACCCACCAACGCAUCCACACCGGGGAGAGGCUCUAUGAAUGUCCUGAGUGUCAGAAGAGGUUUCAGACCCGCUACAAUCUCCUCAGGCACCAAAGGAUUCACACCGAUGAGAGGCCCUUCCUCUGCCCCGACUGCGGGAAGGGCUUCAAGCAGAAUUCCCACCUCGUCACCCACCGGCGCAUCCACACUGGGGAGAGGCCCUUCCUCUGCCCUGAUUGCGGGAAGGGCUUCAAGCGCAAUUCCCAACUCGUCACCCACCGGCGCAUCCACACUGGGGAGAGGCCCUAUGAGUGCGGCACCUGUCAGAAGAGGUUUCAGACCAGCUCACAUCUCUGCCUGCAUGAGCAGAUUCACACAGAGGAGAGGCCCUUCCGCUGCCAUGACUGUGGGAAGGGCUUCAAGCAAAACUCCACCCUCAUCACCCACUGGCACAUCCACACUGGGGAGAGGCCCUACGAGUGUCCCAAGUGUGGGAAGAGCUUCAUCCAUAGUUCUAAUUUAACCAGACACCAACAGAGGCACCGGUAA